AUGAUGAAUCGUGCAACAACCACAAGCAAGGCUUGGAUCGUGGCGGCUAGUGUUGGAACUGUAGAGGCUUUGAAGGAUCAAGUUGGUAUCUGCAGAUGGAACUAUGCUUUAAGACAGGCUCAACAGCACCUUAGAAACCGUGUUAGAUCGUAUUCUCAAGCAAUGAACUUCUCUUCUUCUUCAGCUGUUGCUUGCAAAUUGAAGGAUGAGAAGAAGGCAAAGCAGGCAGAGGAGUCACUGAGGACUGUCAUGUACUUGAGCUGCUGGGGUCCCAAUUGA